AUGGCUGAAGCAGAACACACGGCAUUGCUCCUGAAGUGCUAUACAAAGCUCAAGGAUUUCUCCACCCUGGAGGAGUUCUUGGAGACGACGCCUCCUUCCCAGUAUGACCAUGCGACUGCCAUUGAGGUUUUGGAAUCUGCGUCCUAUUAUGGCUUGGCCUCAGAGGUGGCUCGCAAGGUGGGCCGCUUUGAUGACUUCGUACGGAUCUCUUUGGAGCAGUUCAAGAACUGCAGCGCCACUGUGGAGUUCCUACAUUCUUUGCCCAAAGCAGAGGCUGGGAGAAUCCUCCUUCAGCGGGGUCGUGCUCUGAUGCGGCACGCACCGAAGGAGACCAUCGCACUGGUCCGUCAGGUCUUCCUUCGCUCCGUGCUGCUGGAUGAGGGUUGUCAACUGCCACCAGCCAAGGAUGCUAAGCGCUUGCUGGACGUGUGCAAGCGCUGUGGGCCUGCUGACCAGAGCCUUUGGGUCCAGGCCUUAUCCUUCUUAUCCUCUCCAGAGAGUGGUGGACGUCACCUCGAAGAGAUCCAGGAGGUCUUGCGUCACAUCGAGGACAGCGAUUUGAUGCCUUUGCUGCUGGUGAUCGAAACCUUGCGACACAGCGAGGAGGUGACCAUUGGAGAUGUACGGCCCUAUUUGCAGGCUCAAUACAAACGGCUGGUGGAUUCGUUGGAGACUUCUCGUGGGAAGUCUGCCCAGGACCGCCAUGAGAUUGCACGGAUGCAGCAAGAGAUCAUCAAGCUCCGCACUGAGGCCAAGGAGUUCCAGAACACCCGGUGCUUUCAGUGUGGCCUGACCUUGGAUGUACCUGCAGUGCACUUCUUCUGCGGCCACUCGUACCACUCGUAUUGCACUCCCUCAGAUGGAACUUGCCCAAAGUGCUCAUCGGGAGCUUUGCCGAAGCUCUCGCUAAAGGAGCAACGUGAAGCACAAGCUCGGAAUGUGGAGGACUUCUUCAAGUAUCUUCAAGGUGGUGCCGGUGACCGUGGCGUCCAAGCCAUGGGUGAAUGGUGCAAGUUCGGCGCCUUCGACGCCGCGCAGAUCGAUCCCGAGGAU